UUAUCCCUCUUAGGGUUUUCUUUUACCAUAUUCGGAAUCCAGUACCAUUAACGAUGUCAAUGGCGGGAAUUGUUUCAACAAAUUGGUAAUUUUCCCGCCACAAUUUUCAAUACCUUUUCAAACAAUUUGUUCUAAAUCAUUUGAUUCGUUCCCUCCAUUUCGAAAUCUGCUUCAUAUAAAACACAAAUUUCAGCUUCAAAUUUUUAGUAGUUUUAAAUAAAUUUGUGGGGUACAAAAAUAUUUCCUGAAAAUCAGAAACUUUUUUUUAAUUGAAUCCGGAAAAUGGGGACUGCGAGUUUAUUAGAAUCCGAAGAAGGUGGUGCAGUUAAACCAACAGAAAUGAAGAAAAAAGGAAAACAAGCUAAGUCAACAUCUGAGGUUAAGUCAACAUCCGAAGUAUCCGACAUUACAGCUGAGGUUAAACCAAAGGCUGCUACAAAACCUAAACAAAAACGAGGAAGACCCGACAGCAGCGAAAAUGCUCCAGCUCCUAGAAAAAUGCCAAAACGCGCUGCCUCAUGCACUAGUUUCAAAACCAAACCGGUCCGUUUGUCAGAUAAGCACGAAACGAUCGAGAAUAAAAAGGUUCAAGUGGUGGAAGAAGAAAUAGCCGCUCUAAGUUUGACACCCGGCCCAGAUGAUCCACGACCCAAUAGACGAUUGACAGAUUUCAUCUUUCAUGAUGCCGAUGGGAAACCACAACCUGUUGAAAUGCUAGAAGUGGAUGAUCUGUUCAUCUCGGGUGUAAUAUUGCCUUUUGAGAAAGUGGAAAAAGAAAAGGAAACAGGAGUUAGGUGUGAAGGGUUCGGGCGUAUUGAAGAUUGGUCAAUCUCCGGCUACGAAGACGGGUCUCCCGUCAUUUGGGUCUCGACCGAUCUUGCUGAUUAUGACUGCGUUAAGCCUGCCGGAAGCUACAACAAACUAUACGGGCUUUUUUACGAGAAGGCUCGUUCAUGUGUUGAAGUCUACAAACGGUUGUCGAAAUCUUCCGGGGGCGACCCGGAUUUGAGUUUAGACGAAUUACUUGCUUCGCUUGUUCGGUCGAUGAGCGGGAGUAAAAACUUUCCUCACGGGGCGUCUAUUCGGGACUUAAUCGUUUCAUGGGGCGUGUUUAUUUACGAACAACUUGUUGGGCUGGAUGAUGAACCAAACGGUACUGAUAAACUGUUUGUUGAGUUACCCGCUCUUGCUGCUUUGAGAGACGAAAGCAAGAAAAACGAAGAGUUUGUCGGGAUAAAUACGGCGUUUAAUGGAUCAACGAACGCAACUUUGAAGAUCGGAGACGGAGAAAAGGUUGAAAAAGGUGAAAAAGUCAACAAGUCAAAAGGAAAACUUGCAGCUGAUGAGGAUGACGACACGAAGCUGGCUCGUGUUUUGCAGGAAAAUGAAAACUGGCAAUCAAUGAAGCAAAACAAAAGGCCAAGACAUGCCGCUAAUUCAUCAAGCAAGUUAUACAUUCAGAUAAACGAAGAUGAAAUCGCAAACGACUAUCCGCUCCCUGCUUAUUACAAAACAAGCAUUCAAGAAACCGAUGAAUAUUUACUCUUCGAUGACUUUUUUGAUACGGUUGACCCUGAUUAUCUUCCAAAAAGCAUGCUUCAUAACUGGUCACUUUAUAACUGCGAUUCAAGAUUGAUUUCUUUAGAGCUUCUUCCUAUGAAGCCUUGUGCAGACAUUGAUGUCACCGUGUUUGGAUCCGGGAUAAUGACAACCGAUGAUGGAAGCGGAUUCUGUUUCGAUAAUGAACCUAGUACUGCUACCGGUUCUUCUGCUGCUGCACAGGAUGAAGAUGGCAUUCCUAUUUAUUUGAGCGCUAUAAAGGAAUGGAAAAUUGAAUUCGGCUCGUCAAUGGUUAUCAUUUCGAUUCGAACUGAUAUGGCCUGGUAUAGACUAGGAAAGCCAUCAAAGCAAUACGGCCCGUGGUAUCAAACAGUUCUUAAAACAGCGAGGCUUGCUAUUGCGAUCAUCACAUUGCUGAAAGAGCAAACACGUGCAUCAAAGUUAUCAUUUUCCGAAGUCAUAAAAAGGUUAUCAGAGUUUGACAAGAACCACCCUGCUUACAUAUCUUCAAACCCCGCGAAUGUAGAAAGAUACGUAGUGGUUCAUGGACAAAUUAUUUUGCAACAAUUUGCAGAAUUUCCCGAUGUUACAAUCAGGAAAUGCGCGUUUAUUUCCGGUCUCGAGGAUAAAAUGGUGGAAAGACACCAUACCAAAUGGACAGUUAAGAAAAAAACAAUCGAGACAAAGCAAGCAAACUUGAACCCGAGAGCAGCAAUGGGGCCCGUUGUGUCAAAACGUAAGGCGAUGCCUGCUACAACAACACGGUUCAUUAACAGAAUUUGGGGUGAGUUUUACUCAAAUUACUCACCCGAAGAGGUAAAAGAGGGUGAUAUCGUUGAUAUGAAGAAAGACGAAGACGAUGACGAAGCGGAAGAAAACGAGCAGGAGGAUUGUGAAGAACCCGAAGAAGAAAAUAACACCCUUGCUGUACAAGAACCCGAGAAACCACAUUCCGCUAUAAAAGAAAAGAAACCGUGUGGGGGUUCGUCGAAAACCGAUAUUAAUUGGGUUGGGAAAGCGGUUGGGAAGAUGGCUAAUGGCAAUGCUCUUUAUAAAGAGGCGGUUAUUCGGGGUGAGGUAGUUGGGUUAGGUAGUUCGGUUCUUGUGGAAGAUUCGAUAUAUUACGUUGAAUAUUUGUUUGAAGAUUCCAAUUCUAGAAAAUUUGUUCACGGACGGUUGAUGUUAAGAGGUUGUGAAACUGUUCUCGGCAAUAUAGCAAACGAGCGGGAAGUGUUUUUGACUAAUGAAUGCACGGAUUUCGAACUUGAUGAUGUCAUACAACCAGUGACGCUUCAAAUCAGAACAACCGUGUGGGGUCACGAGCAUCGGAAAGCUAAUGCUAAUUUCGAUAAAAUGGAUAGAGCAAAAGCGGACGAUAGGAGAAGUAAAGGUUUGCCUGUUGAAUAUUAUUGUAAGAGUUUAUAUUGGCCGCAAAGAGGUGCUUUCUUUUCGUUAAAAACCGACAAAAUGGGACUCGGAAAUGGGGUUUGUUACUCUUGUAAGAUCACCGAACAUGAAAAGAAAAAAGAGGUUUUCGAGGUGAAUGAAUCGAAGACGGGUUUUACUUACAUGGGUAUUGAGUACCGUGUUGAUGAUUUCGUUUAUGUUGGUCCACAUCACUUUGACUCAGAUGAAAGGGGUAACGAAACUUAUAAAAGUGGGAGAAACGUAGGGCUUAAAGCAUAUGUUGUUUGUCAGCUGAUACAAGUCGAGUCCCUGAAGAAUUCAAAACGCGUCGACCCUGAAUCGGUUUCAGUCCAAGUUAGAAGAUUUUACAGGCCUGAGGAUGUGUCUUCCGACAAAGCGUACCGGUCCGACAUUCAGGAGGUAUAUUACAGUGAAGAAACACAUAAGUUGUCGGUGUCAGCAUUAGAAGGGAAGUGUGAAGUUAAAAGGAAGACAGAUCUUUCUUCUCUUGACAGCACAUAUAUUGUCGAUCAUGUCUUCUUUUGUGAACGUCUGUAUGAUCCAGAUAAGGGAUCGCUUAAGCAGCUACCGGUUAACAUAAAGUUUAGUUCUCCAAAAGAAGACUCGGUUGAUGAGGCUGCAAUCAGAAAGAGAAAAGGGAAGUCUAAAGAAGGAGAAAAUGAUAUCGAGAUGAUGGACAACAAAUCGAGUUCUGCCGUAAACAAUCGCUUAACGACAUUAGAUAUUUUUGCCGGUUGUGGUGGCUUAUCGGAGGGUUUACAAAAAGCCGGGGCAUCGGUAACCAAAUGGGCAAUUGAGUAUGAAGAACCCGCUGGUGAUGCAUUUAGGCUUAAUCACCCCGAUGCACUGGCAUUUGUGCAUAAUUGCAAUGUCAUACUAAGGGCGAUAAUGACAGCGUGUGGGGACACUGAUGACUGUAUUUCAACUUCCGAGGCUGAAGAAAUGGCUGCAAAACUUGACGAAGAUGAGAUUAAAAAUCUACCUAGACCCGGACAAGUGGAUUUCAUCAAUGGAGGCCCUCCAUGCCAGGGGUUUUCUGGGAUGAAUAGGUUCAAUCAAAGCACAUGGAGCAAGGUUCAGUGUGAGAUGAUAUUGGCAUUUUUGUCAUUCGCUGAAUAUUUCCGACCCAAGUAUUUUCUGUUGGAAAACGUGAGGAACUUUGUGUCUUUUAACAAAGGCCAGACAUUUCGUUUAACUCUGGCUUCAUUGCUUGAAAUGGGCUACCAGGUGAGGUUUGGAAUAUUGGAGGCUGGAGCGUUUGGCGUAUCGCAAUCACGCAAACGGGCUUUCAUAUGGGCUGCUUCUCCUGAAGAAAUACUACCCGAGUGGCCUGAACCAAUGCACGUAUUUGCCAGCCCAGAACUUCGGGUCUCGCUAAAUAGUAACACACAAUAUGCUGCUGUUAGAAGCACUGCAAGUGGGGCCCCUUUCCGUGCAAUAACUGUUAGAGACACAAUUGGCGAACUCCCUGAGGUUGGAAAUGGGGCAUCUGCAACUACUAUAGAGUACAAAACCGAGCCUAUAUCUUGGUUUCAAAAACGAAUCCGGGGCGAUGCAUCUGUUCUAACAGAUCAUAUAUCGAAAGAAAUGAACGAGUUGAACGUGAUUAGGUGUCAAAGGAUCCCCAAACGUCCGGGUGCUGACUGGCGAGACCUCCCUGAGGAGAAGGUUAAGUUAUCAACUGGGCAAAUGGUUGAUCUUAUACCGUGGUGUUUACCAAACACGGCAAAAAGGCAUAACCAAUGGAAGGGUUUGUUUGGAAGGCUUGAUUGGGAAGGAAAUUUUCCGACUUCUAUUACCGACCCUCAGCCUAUGGGUAAGGUUGGGAUGUGCUUUCACCCUGAUCAGGAUCGGAUUUUAACGGUCCGUGAAUGCGCUCGAUCUCAGGGUUUCCCUGACGGUUACAAGUUUUCUGGCAACAUCCAACAUAAGCACAAGCAGAUUGGAAACGCGGUUCCUCCUCCAUUAGCAUAUGCAUUGGGUAGGAAACUCAAGGAAGCGGUUGAAGCAAAACACAAAACAGUUGAAUAAGCAAGCAUGUAAUUGUGCAUGGCUGAAUGUAUAUACAUGCUGAGUUCGUAAUUCUUGAUAUCCGUCUUUGUUAUCUUGGUGUUUCUUAGCAUUUCUAUAAAAUAUAUCUAGUGUUUAUGAACAUUUUUACCUUGGUCUUGUUGUGCUUAGUUUGUGGAUGUUUCACCGGAUUGAAUACAAACACUGCUGACGUUUUUUUUUU